AAUAUUAUGUACUAUCGCAGUGGCUGAUUCCACAUCAAUUUAUAAACAUGUGUCAACUGCACUAUACAAUAACCUUUGUUUAAUAGUUUUAUUAUUAUUCUUUUAAUGUUCAAUUAAAAAUGUGUUACAAUUCCUUAUUAUUGUGUUUGAGAACGAGUGCCGGGAGAAAACUUUCACGUGCAAAUUUUCGAAGAAACUUUAGCGUUAAAGUUACUGGAGAUGGUCUUAACGUAGACAAGCGUACAUUGGUGAGUGCGGAACGAAAGCAGAGGACGUUCACCGACAGAUCGCAACUGAAGUACGCGAGAAGACUAGUCGUGAAACUUGGCAGUGCGGUCAUUACGAGAGAAGACGGGAAUGGUUUAGCAUUGGGGCGACUGGCUUCUAUCAUUGAACAGGUAGCAGAAUGUCACCACGAAGGACGGGAAUGUAUAAUGGUGACGAGCGGCGCGGUGGCGUUUGGUCGUCAAAAGUUGACGCAAGAACUGCUCAUGUCACUCUCCAUGAGGGAGACAUUAUCACCGAGUGAUCACACCAGAGAGGACGCGGGUAGCAUUCUGGACCCGCGCGCGGCGGCCGCGGUGGGUCAGUCGGAACUAAUGGCUAUGUACGAUGCAAUGUUCUCCCAGUAUAAUGUUAAAAUAGCACAGGUUUUGGUGACGAAGCCAGAUUUCUACAAUGAAGAGACGAGAAAAAAUUUGUUCUGCACAUUAUCGGAGCUGAUAUCAUUGAACAUAGUUCCGAUAAUAAAUACCAACGACGCUGUUAGCCCGCCUAUGUAUAUUCACGAUGACACUGUAGUACCUGGGACAGGGAAAAAGGGUAUAGGCAUAAAGGACAAUGACAGUCUCUCCGCAUUAUUAGCAGCUGAAGUACAGUCAGAUUUAUUAAUAAUGAUGUCAGAUGUUGACGGCAUUUAUAACAAACCACCCUGGGAAGACGGAGCUCGGAUGAUGCACACGUAUACAUCUAAGGAUAAGGAUUUAGUGCAAUUUGGGCAGAAAUCUAAGGUUGGAACUGGUGGAAUGGAUUCGAAAGUGAAUGCCGCGACGUGGGCAAUGGCGCGCGGUGUGAGCGUCGUUAUAUGUAAUGGUAUGCAAGAGAAAGCCAUUAAGACGAUCAUUAGUGGACGGAAAGUAGGAACUUUCUUCACAGAUUUCGCCACAAGUUCUCCGACUUCAGUCGACGUUUUAGCUGAAAAUGCUCGCUCUGGCAGUAGAGUGUUGCAACAAUUAACCCCUUCGGAAAGAGCAUCAGCAAUUCACGCAUUAUCUGACUUGCUGAUAGAGAAACAAGACAAAAUACUUGAAGCAAAUGCAAAAGAUUUAGAAGAAGCCACGAAGGGUGGACUCGCCAAACCGUUGUUGGACCGGUUAUCACUAAGCCAAGGAAAACUAAAAACCUUAUCAACCGGGUUAAAACAAAUAGCUGACUCCAGUUACGAGAAUGUUGGCAGGGUUUUACGUAAAACUAAACUGGCAGAUAAUCUAAUUCUCCGGCAAGUGACAGUCCCAAUUGGCGUGCUGUUGGUUAUUUUCGAAUCCAGACCCGAUUCGCUGCCACAAGUAGCUGCUCUCGCUAUGGCAUCAGCUAACGGUUUACUUCUUAAAGGUGGAAAAGAAGCUGCAUAUUCGAACAAAGCACUAAUGGACCUUGUUAAAGAAUCUUUGAAUUCUGUCGGUGCUGAAGAUGCUAUUUCUCUUGUAUCCACACGCGAGGAAAUCAGUGACUUGCUGGCUAUGGAAAAACAUAUUGAUUUAAUUAUUCCUCGUGGCUCUUCUGAUCUUGUCAGGAGUAUUCAAAAGCAAUCUCAACAUAUUCCUGUACUUGGUCAUGCGGAAGGUAUUUGCCACGUCUACAUAGAUAAGGAUGCAGACCCAGUGAAGGCUUUAAAGAUAGUCAGAGACGCGAAAUGUGAUUAUCCGGCAGCUUGUAAUGCGAUGGAAACAUUACUUAUUCAUGAAGAACAUUUAACUAAUUCAUUGUUCACGGAAAUCUGUAAUAUGUUGAAGAAGGAAGGUGUUAAGAUACAUGCAGGACCGAGGCUUGCAAGUCACCUGACGUUUGGUCCACCUCCAGCAAGAACUAUGCGCCAUGAAUAUGGAGCAUUAGAAUGCUGUGUAGAAUUAGUUAAGGAUAUGGAGGAGGCUGUGGAUCAUAUUCAUAAAUUUGGCAGCUCACAUACUGAUGUUAUUGUAACAGAAAAUGAAUCAGCAGCUCGGAAAUUCCUCGGUAUUGUGGACAGUGCGUGCGUUUUUCACAAUGUAUCUUCACGGUUCGCCGACGGAUUCAGAUUCGGGUUAGGCGCUGAAGUUGGAAUCUCCACAGCAAGGAUUCAUGCUAGAGGUCCCGUCGGUGUGGAAGGUUUGCUAACCACAAAGUGGAUACUGGAAGGAUCUGACCACACGGCCGCGGAGUUCAAUGAAGGCAAGAGAAACUGGAUACACGAACCCUUGCCAGUUCAUUGAAUUAAAAGCAAAUUAAAACACUCUAGGGAUUAACCGAACGUAUUAUAGGGAAGCGGAGCCUUUCAAAUGAAAAUAUAAAAAGAGCGUUUACGUUCAAGCGAUUUUAAUAUGAAUGGAAUGUGAUAUAGUUUUUUUUUAGUAAAAAAA